AAAAUAUAUAUUUAAUUAAUAACCAUCACUGAAAAAAAUCAGUGAUACAAACCCACCUAAUUACAAAAACAGUAACUAUAUCAGUAACAACAUCAACAGCCACCAAUAACUGAGCACUUAACUAUAGGUCAAGCACUGACCUAAGGGCUCUAACUGAAAGAUCUUGUUCAACACUUCUAUCAGCCUUAUAUGGGAUUAUUACCAUCCCCAUUUUACAGAUAAAGAAAUCAAGACUCCCUUAGCUUGCACAGGCAACACAGUUGGGGUGGAGAUUCCAGCCCUGAGAAUAAGAAUCCAGAGCCCGUGCUCUCAGACAUUAUAUUAAACUUACUGCUCUACACAAAAUAAAUAUACAUUGUGAAAAGCAUAUAUUUCUCCUAUUUCUGCCUAAGCACAGACUGCUGAUUACUUAGGAUAAAGAUUUUUAAAAUGCUCUAAUAUUAAAAAGGCUUUUCUGUGAUUUAUGCUUAAGUAAAAAGUGCUAUAAAUAAUUUCUCUACAGACAUUGCAACUGGAUAAUCUUCAGCUUAAAAAAAUUAACAUGACAUUAUUUUUUUAUUAGUGGAUCAUUUUCACCUACAUUUAUUGAAGCAAAACUCAAUAUUCCACCCUAGUGAGACCAAAAGGAGAGAAAAAUUGGGAGUGAGAGGGAAGGGGUCAAGAAAAAAGAGGCUUUCCCAAGCAAAACACAGAUACAUUUGAGUAAGUAUAAAGUUUAAGAUUCCAAGGUAAUGUACUUCAGCAUUCAAACCUAUGCCACUCAGUUCAGGGACCAAACUUGAAAUUUUAGCACUUUCUUACAAACCAUACUGUCACACAAGCUCUAAUAAUUUCAACCACGUUUGUCUUUUCUUCCCAACCAGAAUGGAAAUUCCUUGGGGGCAGAGAUGGAAACUGUAUUCUUUUAGCAUUCUGUACACACCAAGCACUAUGUCAUGCAGGAGAGUGACAUCACUGUGUGAAAGAGCUGGUACUUAAUCCUGUCCGUAUCCUCACUAAGGAAAACUAGAUAUUUCAAUCAUUCUGGUCUCAGUUCAUUUACUAAUUCAUUCACCGAACCUCACAGAGUUAGCUAGAUGCUGACUGUGGCAAAUUCCUAUUCUCUAGAGUUUCUACUUGCUUCUACUUCAUUCUAUUCUAGUUAGGAUUCUAAGUAAUGGGAGUCAAAAAUACACAUCAGCAGAUAGAGGUAAAAUGAAAGGGAUGAACUAGCCUGAUACUACUACUUCUCCCCGUUCCCACUCCAUGGUAGAUAGCAACAAUCUUUCAACCCAUCUUUCCAUCCAAGUCCAGGUGCAGCUUCAGAUAGAUUCCUUCUCAAAGCUGCUCCAGGCAGCCACUACCAAUUAAGCAAAGUUGACAUUUAAAAUAAAAAUCUAUUUCUCAUCUCAGGAUCAGAUAUAACUAUCACUCACUUUCAAAUACAGUGGUUACUAUAGACCUUAAAAGAUGCUUUAGAAUCAAUCUUAUGUUUCCAUCACCUUCCCUUUUAUAAGUAGCAAAGAUCUCCAAUAGCUUAAUAAGUCCAUAAAUAAUAUCACUAGACAGGUUGCCAGGGCAUGCCCUGACCAAGUUACCAUUUUACUGUGUCACAGCUACACACCCUGACAUGAGCAUGCCUGAAAAUUUGCAAGUUAGGGACAAGGUAUACCUCUAGUCUGGUUGUUCCUGAAAUUAUUGGAAGGGGGCAAUUAUUUCUUCCAUCCCUGAGAGACUAUUCACCAUUAUCAAUGGCAACUACGGAACAAUCUGUAGAUUCUCUAUCUGUGGUAAUGUCUGCUUAUUAUGGCCAUAUUACACACAACUGGCAGGCCCAAACAGCUAGGUAUGAGAAUGCUAAAAAGAUUACUGUUACUGGAACCUGCCCCUUAAUUCAGAAUCCCUCAGCAGGCAUGCCUUUUCCUGUACUUUCACACUCCUGUCUGACUAGUUGCCUCCAUCUCUAUUCCAUAUGCCUAUACAAUGGCUCUUAUCAAAAUUACCACCUCAAGAGGUCAGUAACCUGAGAGUCUAAUACCAACAAAGCAUUCCCUAGGAAUGGCUUUUAUCUGCUAAUUCUGAGUACAGCAAUAGAAAAUGCCUCUCUUGGGACUUAUCAAUUUGUAGAAGUCUAAAAGGAUGAGUUUUACAUGUUCAAAGACAUUAAAUACAUAACUAAUGAUAAUACUCUGAAGCCACCAAAUUUUUUUGUUUCCAUUUUAAAUCUUUAGGUCUCAAAUUUAAAAUAAAUUUCUUUACUAGUUUGACAAAUAACCAAUACCAUUUAGCUCAGAUUCUCCUGAAUUUUAUAUUCAACUCUUCAAUCCAAUUCUCAUUUAUUUUACUAUAAGAUUCAGAUCAAAUUAUCCCUUCCUAGACUCUGUAAUAUAAAUUUAAAAUAAUUUCCUAGAAACAAAUACUAGUAACUUCACAAUCAACAAACCUCACCUGUACACUCAGACCUUUGCCUUGGUAUUUUAGUACACUGUACUUUAAUCUGAGCAGACAACCAAAAAUUCUAAGAUAUAUGACCAAGGAUUCAAACAUGAGAAAGACCAACAUGAAUAAACACAUACCCAACUUAAAAAGAAGAGACUAUGAAAAGUUAUAAAAAUAUGUCACCAAUAUUUCCAGAGAUAAAAUACUGCAAAUCACGAAAGCAAACACGGAAGUAGCCCUUCAAAAAUGGGGGAAAAAGGAACUCGGAACAUCUGCUCCUCCAAAGACACAGAGAAAAUACUGGCAAAAUCACAUUUUUCAACAUUCUGGAAAUUAAACAAAGGCUUACAGCAAUCCAAGGAUCAUUCUUCAAAGAAAACGGCUGAAUCUUGGUAAGAAGAGUAGGUUUUCUAUUGUUUUCCUGUGCCCUAUUUCCAUCUCCAACUCACCAGCUGAAAACCAGCAGCCUCACAGGCCCUGGAAAGAGUUGAGCAAGUCUGCAGCUCAGUAAAAAUCCCCAUUUUCCCCUUCUCGGGUCCUUGAUUCCAAGAUGACCAAGAAAAGAAGGAACAACGGUCCUGCCAAAAAAGGGGGCGGCCAUAUGCAACCUAUUUGUUGCUUCCAACACAUGCCCAAGGACAAGGCCAUUAAGUUCAUCAUUCGAAACACAUUAAAGGCCACAGCCAUUAGGGACAUUUCAGAAGCCAGUGUCUUCAAUUCCUAUGUGCUUCCCAAGCUGUAUGAGAAACUCCAUUACUGUGUGAGCUCUGCCAUUCACAGCAAGGAGGCAGGAUCCCUUCUCCUGAAGCCGAAGGAUCAAACUCCUCCACCCUGA